UUGCACCAAACCAAACUGCGCAAUCCUGUCGCAGGUGCUGUUAUCCAGUUGCAGAACGUUUUUAAACCAUCUACAAUCUACAGAGCCGAAGCGGCUGGACAGAAUUCAAUAAUUCAUUCAUGAAGCGGCUCACAAAAGGUCUGAAAAGGUUAAGUUUUGAUAGGGGCUCUCCGCUAGAGGCCACGGGGCUUCGGGGUCCCACCACGUGGUGUCAGAACCAGACGACAACGAGUGAGCUGGCGGGACUCGGGAGCUGCUGCAUUGACAAGCUUGCCGAUCCACCAAUCAGCGAGCUGCAGACAAAUUUCUCGUAACAUCGCGGGCCAAUUCCGACAACUUCCUUCUCAACAAUUCCCCACGAGACUGUAGCUGCAUCACAGUCCAUAUCCCCUAUACCAUAUCCCAUCACUCGCGUCCACGCUUGCUCGCCAACCCAUUUUCCAUCCGCUAGACACAACAGCCAAUAUGUCUGUCCCGGCUUUCUCAGAUAUCGCCAAGGCGGCGAACGACCUCCUCAACAAGGACUUCUACCAUCUCUCUGCGGGCACCCUCGAGGUCAAGAGCAACACCCCCAACAAUGUCGCCUUCAAGGUCACUGGCAAGAGCAGCCACGACAAUGUGACCAGCGGCACGCUCGAGGGCAAAUACACUGACAAGCCCAAUGGCUUGACCCUCACUCAGACCUGGAAUACCGCCAACUCGCUCGAGACCAAGGUCGAGAUGGCCGACAACCUGGCCAAGGGUCUCAAGGCCGAGGGUAUCUUCAGCUUCCUCCCCGCCACCCAGCAGCGCGGCGCCAAGUUCAACCUGCACUUCAAGCAGUCCAACUUCCACGGCCGCGCCUUCUUCGACCUCCUCAAGGGCCCCACUGCUAGCAUUGACGCCCUCGUCGGCCAUGAGGGCUUCCUCGCCGGCGCCUCGGCCGGCUACGACGUCCAGAAGGCCAAGAUCACCGGCUACAGCGCCGCCGUCGGCUACCAGGCCCCGGCCUACAGCGCUGCCAUCACGGCCACCGACAACCUGAGCGUCUUCGCUGCCAGCUACUACCACAAGGUCAACAGCCAGGUCGAGGCCGGCUCCAAGGCCACCUGGAACUCCAAGAGCGGCAACACGGUCGGCCUCGAGGUCGCUGCCAAGUACCGCCUGGACCCUGUCUCCUUCGUCAAGGCCAAGAUCAACGACCGUGGUGUCGCUGCCGUUGCCUACAACGUGCUCCUCCGCGAGGGUGUCACCCUUGGCGUUGGUGCCUCGUUCGAUACCCAGAAGCUUGACCAGGCCACCCACAAGGUCGGCACCAGCUUCACCUUCGAGUCGUAAGAUGGUGUUGGCGUUCAUGGUGGAUGCGCAGGGUCCUGCGUCGUGGUUUGGACCGAGCGAAUGGACAACUGCGUCGGUCAGUCAUGAGAGCAGGAUGUAGAUAUGGGUCUAGAGUUUACGUCCAGGACAUGUUACACUGUACAGUAGACUCCCAAGCAGCCGCAAUAUGCUAAUUUCUGACAUUGUUGUUGCGCGAUUCGGUGCGAGCCAGGCGUAGUCUAGAGGACGCUCAAUGUAUGUAUGGAAAUCAAUAUACGAGUCCUGCAGGAUUUU